UUUUGCGUCCUACGCCGCCAAGCACACCCCGACGCACCCUCCAGCGCGACCCGCCCACACCAGAUCCGCCUCACAGCCAGCCAUCUUGCAACCCAUUCCGCCCUUUCCAUCGUCCACAACCAGGCCGGUGCAUCAAAACCGUCCGGAAUCCCGUCGCGAGAGGCUCCCGCAUGAAGACCCGCUUACUACGCCAAAGACGAUAGUCAUCCCGACACCGAUCCGUUUCCCCCACCAUCCGGUCGUGUUUCUUUUGUCAGUGCUGUUAACCGAGUCGCUCCCCCGCCCGCGGCGCUCACGCCGUCCACCGCCGCAAUUAUGAGCGGCGAGUCUUCGCUGGCAGUCGUCACUGCUGUCGUCAGAUCUCUCGCGACCGAUCCGACGACACCCCCUCCAGCGGUCUCCAAUGCGUGUCCGAGCGUGAGGCUACCCGGUCCCGACAACGCUGAGAAGGUUGAACUCGAGCGGGAGCUUGCCGCCCUCGUACUCCGCGUUCAGCAGCUCGAGGCUAGGGCAAACUCGACCCCGACCCACGUCUUUCCCGACACCCCCAAUGAGACCGCCGAUACCAUCUUCGCAGACGACAAGCCUCGCCUGAGGCCGAAAUACCCCCCCGCCCUGCCGCGCAAUGGAUUCAUCGACGAGGCCCUCGAGGGCCUGCGGGAGCAUGUCGACGACCAGUCGAAGCUCCUCGACAGCCAGCGCCAGGAACUGGAUGGCGUCAACGCUCAGUUGAUCGAGCAGAAGCAGCUCCAGGAGAAGGCUCUGGCCAUCAUCGAGCAGGAGCGCGUGGCCACCCUGGAGCGUGAGCUGUGGAAGCAUCAAAAGGCGAACGAGGCUUUCCAAAAGGCGCUGCGUGAGAUCGGCGAGAUCGUAACGGCCGUCGCCCGCGGUGACCUGUCCAAGAAGGUCCGCAUGAACAGCGUGGAAAUGGACCCCGAAAUCACAACAUUCAAGCGCACCAUCAACACCAUGAUGGACCAGCUACAGGUCUUUUCUAGUGAAGUCUCCCGUGUCGCCCGCGAAGUCGGGACAGAAGGUAUCCUCGGCGGUCAGGCUCAGAUCGAGGGGGUCGAUGGCACAUGGAAGGAACUGACUGAUAACGUGAACGUAAUGGCGCAGAACCUCACGGACCAAGUGCGCGAGAUCGCAUCCGUGACAACCGCUGUCGCACACGGUGACCUGACUAAGAAAAUCGAACGCCCUGCCAAGGGCGAAAUUCUCCAACUCCAACAAACUAUCAACACUAUGGUCGAUCAACUCAGAACAUUUGCCUCCGAAGUCACGCGCGUAGCCAGAGAUGUCGGAACCGAGGGUAUACUCGGUGGUCAAGCCGACGUCGAAGGGGUGCAGGGCAUGUGGAACGAGCUAACAGUCAACGUGAACGCCAUGGCGAACAAUUUAACAACGCAAGUACGAGAUAUCAUCAAAGUCACCACCGCCGUCGCCAAGGGCGACCUCACCCAGAAAGUCCAGGCCGAGUGCAGAGGCGAGAUCUUUGAACUCAAGAAAACCAUCAACUCCAUGGUGGACCAGCUGCAGCAAUUCGCACGCGAAGUCACCAAGAUUGCUAGAGAAGUCGGAACCGAAGGAAGGCUGGGCGGUCAGGCUACCGUCCACGACGUCCAGGGGACGUGGAGGGAUCUCACGGAAAAUGUGAAUGGUAUGGCCAUGAAUUUAACGACCCAAGUGCGAGAGAUCGCCAAGGUCACGACAGCCGUCGCCAGGGGCGACCUCACAAAAAAGAUCGGGGUCGAGGUGCAGGGUGAAAUCUUGGAUCUGAAGAACACGAUAAAUACCAUGGUUGACCGUCUGGGCACAUUUGCUUUCGAGGUCAGCAAGGUCGCCAGAGAAGUCGGCACAGACGGCACCCUUGGUGGCCAAGCCCAAGUCGACAAUGUCGAGGGCAAGUGGAAAGAUCUUACCGAGAAUGUCAACACCAUGGCCAGGAACCUCACAUCCCAGGUGCGAGGUAUAUCCACCGUCACACAAGCCAUUGCCAAUGGCGACAUGAGCCGCAAGAUCGACGUCGAGGCCAAGGGAGAGAUACUCAUCCUAAAAGAGACGAUCAACAACAUGGUUGACCGACUGUCCAUAUUCUGCAACGAAGUGCAAAGAGUAGCCAAAGACGUCGGGGUCGACGGUAUCAUGGGCGGCCAAGCCGAUGUGGCGGGCUUGAAGGGCAGGUGGAAAGAAAUUACAACCGAUGUGAACACCAUGGCAAACAACUUAACGGCUCAAGUGCGAGCAUUCGGCGACAUCACAAACGCCGCGACAGACGGUGACUUUACCAAACUUGUCGAAGUCGAAGCCUCGGGCGAGAUGGACGAGCUCAAAAAGAAGAUCAACCAGAUGGUGUACAACCUCAGGGACAGUAUUCAAAGAAAUACGCAGGCCAGGGAGGCGGCCGAACUGGCCAACAAGACCAAGUCGGAGUUCCUUGCCAAUAUGUCGCACGAAAUCCGAACGCCCAUGAACGGCAUCAUCGGCAUGACCCAGCUCACGCUCGACACGGAUCUGACACAAUACCAGAGAGAGAUGCUCAACAUUGUCAACUCGCUAGCGAACAGCUUGUUGACCAUCAUUGACGACAUCCUGGAUCUGUCCAAAAUCGAGGCGAGGAGGAUGGUCAUCGAGGAGAUCCCAUACACCCUACGGGGCACCGUAUUCAACGCCCUCAAGACGCUGGCCGUCAAGGCUAACGAGAAGUUCCUCGACCUCACAUACCGCGUCGAUAGCUCCGUGCCGGAUCACGUCGUGGGUGACUCGUUCAGGUUACGUCAGAUCAUCCUGAACUUGGUGGGCAACGCUAUCAAAUUCACCGAGCACGGCGAGGUCAGCCUCACCAUCCAGAAGGCAUCAGCCGUGCAGUCCGGGAGUAUGGGAGAGUAUGCCAUCGAGUUCAUCGUGGCCGACACCGGUAUCGGCAUCCCAUCGGAUAAGCUAGACUUGAUCUUCGAUACCUUCCAGCAGGCCGACGGCUCCAUGACGCGCAAGUUUGGCGGCACCGGGUUAGGUUUGUCCAUCUCGAAGAGGCUCGUCAACUUGAUGGGCGGCGAUGUCUGGGUCAAGAGCGAGUACGGCAAGGGCAGCAAGUUCUACUUCACCUGUAUCGUCCGCCUGGCCAACGAGGAGAUCGCCUUCAUCUCCAAACAGCUCAGUCCGUACAAGGGCCACCAGGUGCUCUUCAUCGACAAGGGGAGAACCGGGCACGGCGGCGAUAUCGCCAAGAUGCUCGGAGGCCUAGGCCUGCUCCCCAUCGUUGUCGAGUCGGAGAAGAACAAGGCGCUCGACAAGGUGCGUGGCCAAGGGACGGCUCCCUACGACGUCAUCAUUGUCGACUCCAUCGAGGAUGCCCGGAGACUGCGCUCGGUCGACGACUUCAAGUAUCUCCCAAUCGUCCUCCUGGCGCCGGUGGUCCACGUGUCACUUAAGUCGUGCCUGGAUCUGGGGAUUACCUCCUACAUGACAACGCCGUGCAAACUGAUCGAUCUCGGCAACGGAAUGGUGCCCGCUCUGGAGAACAGGGCCACCCCAUCAUUGGCGGAUAAUACCCGCUCGUUUGAGAUUCUGUUGGCCGAAGACAACACGGUGAACCAGCGUCUUGCCGUCAAAAUCCUGGAGAAGUACCACCACGUAGUCACCGUGGUAGGAAACGGCAAGGAGGCCGUUGACGCCGUCAAGCGCAAGAAGUUUGACGUUAUCCUAAUGGACGUUCAGAUGCCAAUUAUGGGUGGGUUCGAAGCCACAGGAAAGAUCCGCGAGUACGAGCGCAGCCUAGGCAGCCAACGUACACCCAUCAUCGCCCUCACGGCGCACGCUAUGAUGGGCGAUCGAGAGAAGUGCAUCCAGGCGCAGAUGGACGAGUACCUGUCCAAGCCGCUGCAGCAAAACCAUCUCAUCCAGACAAUUCUCAAGUGCGCAACCCUCGGGGGCCAGCUGCUCGAGAAGAACCGGGAACGGGAACUCGCACGCACCGCCGACACCGCGACAAGUGGCCGGCGCGAUAACCCCGCGCUCGCCGCCGCGUACCAGUCGGCGGCUGCCACCAACAACGCCUCCCGGCCGGCACUCUCGACACGGGCUAUCACAACCGCAGAGAUCGACAGCCCCUCGCUGGUAACGGCGGACCAGGAAGAUCCCAUAACUCGGUCACGUACCAGCCUCUCGGAACCUAACAUUCACGCAGCGUAAAACUCACCUCCUGUGGGCAUGGUUUCGUUGCCGCGGUAUUAGCCACACUCCCGAGGGCUCACAGCACUUGGGUUGAGACAGCGUACCACGCGCAAUUUUGCCUUGCCUACUUUGGCGUGGAUCGUUGCUGCUUCUGUUUUGCCGCAUCAUGCAUGCGGCCCGGCUUCGGCUUCAGAUGUCGGUUUUGCGUUGGUUGGUUGCUGGGUUCGGUCUGGUCUGCUCUGGUCUUGGGUUCCGGGUUUGGGUCUGGCUUGGUCUGGUCUGGGGUGUUUAACUUUGUUUUGCUUGGUUGCUAUUUUUGCUGCUCAGCCUGUGGGAGGGGGGGGA